AUAUUAUGACUGGCGGCAUGAUUUGAUUGGGAUGAGCCUGUCAGGUUCUCCAAUGGUCAAAUAUCGUUUUCUCGAUUUUGACCCCCCAAACGAUGAAGGCAACUACGUCCAAUCUUCAAGGGGUGUUGUAUAUCUGUUGUUCCAGUACUAACCGUGUGGCUAUUUGAAGCCGUUUCCACAACUAAAAAAAACUUUUCUUCCCGCCGGCGAAUUUUCCAAGUUUCACCGGCGGUUAGGAAAACAUGUCACCACAGAUCGAAGCUCAACUCUUGCCAAAGUCGUCUGAGAAGCAUGGAUCAUCAUCAACCUCCGGCGUUGUUUUCAACGUGUCCACCAGCAUUAUCGGAGCCGGUAUAAUGUCAAUGCCGGCGGCGUUUAAGGUUCUCGGAAUCAUCCCUGCGUUUUUGAUAAUCGCCAUCAUAGCUUGGCUUUCCACUAUUUCUGUCCAAUUUCUCAUGAAAUCAACACUCGCCGGAGAAUCAACUACUUACGCCGGAGUUAUGAAUGAGUCGUUCGGGAAAACAGGAUCCAUAGCUGUACAGAUUGCUACGAUGGUUGCUACUUUUGGAUGUAUGAUUAUUUUCUCCAUUAUUAUAGGAGAUGUGCUUUCGGGUAAUGAAGAUGAUGGAUCUGAACAUAUUGGAGUUUUGCAAGAAUGGUUUGGUUCUUACUGGUGGAACUCGAGAAUCUUCGCUCUGUUGUUUAUCUACUGCUUCCUCUUGCUUCCUUUGGUCUUGUGCAGACGUGUUGAAAGACUGGCCUUUAGUUCUGCGGUAUCGUUUCUUCUUGCGGUUCUAUUUGUUGUCAUAAGCUCGGUGCUGGCCAUUUCCGCGCUGGUGAAUGGAAAAACGGAGAAUCCAAGACUAUUUCCUGACUUGAACAAUGGAGGAUCGUUUUGGAAACUCUUUACAGCUUCCCCUGUUAUAGUUACAGCCUUCACGUUUCAUUUCAAUGUUCAUCCAAUUGGAUUCGAGCUCAAAGAUCCAUUACAUGUGAUCCCAGCAACUAAGAUCUCUGUCAUAUUGUGCGCUGCUAUCUACUUCGCCACUGGACUCUUUGGGUACCUUCUGUUUGGAGAUGCAAUCAUGUCAGAUAUUCUAGUGAACUUUGAUCAGAGCUCUGGUUCCUCCAUUGGUUCUCUUCUCAAUGACAUUGUCAGACUGAGCUACGCGCUUCACCUCAUGCUAGUCUUUCCUCUCUUGAACUUCUCGUUGAGAGCAAAUCUCGAUGAACUCUUGUUCCCUAAGAAGCAGUCCUUAGCAAAAGACACAAAAAGAUUCAUCGGACUCACUCUGGCUCUUUUGAUUUGCUGUUUCUUGUCAGCAAUCGCUGUACCAGACAUUUGGUACUUCUUUCAGUUCUUGGGAUCAACCACCACAGUUUCAAUUGCAUUUAUAUUUCCAGCCGCCAUUGUUCUAAGGAAUGUCCAUGGUGUAUCAACUUCAAGAGAGAAGCUCCUAGCUGCGAUAAUGCUUCUUCUUGCAGUUGCUACUAGCAUUAUUGCUAUUUCGACAAAUUUAUACAGCCUUGCAGCAAACUAGCCUGCAAAAAGUUUUGCAAACAGUCCCCUCCAUGAUCACUUCAAAGAAAUCUGUAAAAUCAUUAGCAUUCCCUUUCCCUAGCAAUUAUGUUUAUAUCUUAGUGAAAUAGAUUUUGUCAGAAAAUGCGAUGUAAUAGCUAUACGAAGUGCAAUAUUUGUUGCUACUUGAAUCAGCCAACGAAAAAUUGUUACAAUUCUUUAUAACUUAUCUCUUUGCAUACCA